CAGCGAUAUCCCUCCGCACAUUCCACAGACGAAAGGCACGGCACGACCAAUUAGGCCUUAGGGUUGGAAAAAUGACACAGAAAAUAUGUAAGGUCUUCGAACCUUUCACAUUUUUACUUUACAGUUCUCCGUUUUUUUACACGCUAUUUUGAAUCGAAUAAACGUCACUUCUUUGAUAUGUCGUCAUGUGCGUGCCAUAAAUCAUAAGCUAUUAUAAACAAAUGAGAAACAAUUUUAUUCAUGACUGCGUUUUACUUUCUUUAGAAUUUGUUGUCUUAUUUACAGACAGUCGGCUCAUACAUAUUUAUUAAAUAAACCGCUCGUUUGGACCCCUUGGACUAAUAUAAAAUGUAGCUAUAUGUGUUUUUUUUUUAUUGUAAUCAUUUGAUAAAUGUGUGCGAUUAUGUCAAGGUUGUUUGUGUAAGUCCAAACAGUGGGCUGAACCAAUGGGCACAGUCUGUUUAAGAAGUUGGGCCGUGUGACGAAAUAGUGGGAUGCGAUUCAUGCGCGCUGCCCUGGGGAAAGGUGUUCCGGUCGGGAAAAAGCCACAGAAGAAGAAGAAAGGGGGAGGAAGGAAAAAAUUGGAAAGAAAGAAACUGUACGUUGAACAUUUCGGCGCAGUUUUCCGAAGUAGAGUGCGCAGUCUGUGUUUAUCUCUGCGAAUAUGUUUGGGUGAACGAUACGCGAACUUCCUCCCUUCGACUCCCUGCAGCUGGUUUUUAUUGUUACACGCUGUUGAAGACUUCCACUUCUGUGGAAUAAUGGUCAUUUUCUUUCAAACUGGACUGGGCAAAGUGGAAAUCCUGUGGGACAACAUAAGGCUUUGAUCUUCUUUGUACUUUUUUUGCAAGGGAAUAAACGCUUUUGGUUUAUCGGACACGGACGGCUCAUUUAUCUGCACAGAGAAACGGUUUCAAACGUACCUUUUUUGAAAGCCGCUAGUUGAGUCAGAGAGGGGCCGUGUUGUACCCCUUAACCUGUGUGUUUAACUCAAACGUAAUCAAAGGAACCCGCGUUGGAAUUUAUUCAGCGUUUAAACUCUGUUCUUAUUUUUUAAACAACCGGCAGCGCGUUUAGAUAACUCCAUAGAGACAAAGAACCAAGUGGUAAUUAUAAGACUUGCAAGUGUUUCCGACAACACUGGCCAGUGGAUCAGUCUUGCGGAUAUGACUGCGCGACUCGACGUUUGAAUGGAUCAGUUUUGGGCGAGCCUGGGACCAAAAUUAAAGACUUUCUGAAAGACUGAUGGUAGUUUUCACACGUUCAUUUGCUCACUGCCGAGGAUAAGGCCACAAGGAGCUGCAUAAAGGAUCGCAAACAAAUGGAUGAACAUGCUCCUGUUCACCUGCAUGUCCAGGGAAUUUAUCACAAGCAAACAGUUUGGAGACAAACCGUUUAUUUUCAAGUUUAACUAGCACGUCAUGUAGCCUGUAGAAAAUGCCAUAGUGUUUUUUUUAAUUUAUCUUCAAAGUAAAAUAUUUAUUUUUGUAGAUCAUCAAAAAGUAUUAGUUUUUAACAGUUCGUUUUGUGUGUGUGUGUACUUGUUUUUGUUUUAUUAUUGUAUUAUUCUUUUGAUCUGUUAUCUCAUCUGCUGUUGAAACACUUGAAUGAUGCUUGUGCCCACACUGUAUUUCGCUGUAUUUAUGUAGUACACUAUUUAAACUGUAGUUGUUUUCAGGUGGCAUCUAAGAGAAAUUCAGUCAGUACUUUAUAUUUUAAUCUGUAGUUGACCUUAUAUUUAAACACAAUGGAUCGACUUGGCAGCAAACUGAAGCAAAAGCUCAAACUGAGUGACUCGGGAAGUGUCAAAUUCAGCAAAAAGAAAAAUGACUUGGCCAAUGCAAAUAACAACAGUAAUAGCAACAAUGCCAAUAAUGGAACGGUGACACAGAGCAGCGCACCCACGAGCACGUCUCAGUUCCCACUCUCCGGUUCCACCUCUGUAGAGGUGUGUGGUCAGUCAGCCGGAAGACCUGGCAAAGUGGGCACUUCUCAGAGAAUCAUCCCCUCGAAUACCACCUCAGCUACGGUACCUGAGGAUUGUGGGCCUGGGAUCGAACAUCACCCGUCUACUCUUGCCCCUCUGCGGCGCCGGUCGCCCCAACAACGAGUGUCGUGCUACUUGCCUGAAACAGUGGAACGGGGUGACUCGCCCAGAGGCGAAGGUGACCCACAGGGGGCAUACAGCCCAAAUUCUCGUGUGGCCUUGAAGCAGCGGCGUUAUUCUCUGGAGCUCCAGCAGCUUGUUCGCCGCCAGCAGCUUCUCGCCCAGCCUCCUCCAUUGUCGUCUGUACCACCUCCGUACCCGACGCACAGCUCGGCUGCUCGUUCAUCUGCCAUGGAGUCCAGCUUCCUCCACGAUUUAGAGCGUCACAAGCGCUUAUCCUUGCAGGAAGCUCUGUUCUACAAGCGUUUGAGCUCAGGUGGUGAACCUUGGGACAGCGGGCGCCCCGCUUCCCUCUCUCAUCCACCGCAGAGGACCCAUGACAGCGGCAUAGGGGGGUUCUUCUACCCUCCUGCACCAGCGUUGAGCCCUUGCUCUUCUUUCAGCUUACAAGAGUCCGUGUUGGCAAGCCCUCGUUCCAGUUUUGCGAGCAGUACCGCAAGUGGAGGAGGCGGAGGUGGUGGGAGUCCCAUGGGAAGUCGGUGCAGCAGUAACCGGACCAGCGGCAUUAGUUUGGGCUACGACACUCGGCAUACACCUGGGCCUGCCCAGCAGCUACAGCUCUGCUCGACCCAACUCGGUGGCAGCACCUUUGGUCAGGUUUACCCUGUACAGGUGUCAGGGCAAACAGGCAUGCCCCCUAUGGAGGUUUGGAGGGACUGUCUUGAAGGGGUUUCGGGAGUUGGAGGAAGUGUGCAAGACAGCCGACACUCAUAUCCGCCUGCGGUAAGCACACACACUGUCACCUUCCACCGAGCAGAACCAGAAUGGGGUCCCACUGACCAGCGGGGAUCAAGAGGUGAUGGCGUUGGCGAGAGGGCGCGACACUCCGACUUGCUAGGAACCCGAUACCAGCAGGAGCUCACCCGCCUGCUAUUGAGAGAUGCUGCCCUGGAAGGAGAAGCAUUACUUGGGGGUCUGACAUUAAAAGAACAGCCUGUGCCUACCACCAUCAUAUCCAGCUCUGUAUCAACUUCAGCCCCAGUCGGAGCUCCAGGGAAAUCCCUGGAAGAACAGUCAUCUGGAAGAGAUUCUGUGUCAUCUGUGGACAGACAGGAGUACUUCGGUACAUGUGUGAAGUGUAGUAAAGGUGUAUAUGGUGCAGAUAAUGCUUGCCAGGCUCUGGACAGCCUCUAUCACACCCGCUGCUUCACAUGUGUUUCCUGCGGCCGAACUCUCCGCAACAAGGACUUUUACAAUGUCAGUGGCUCGGUUUACUGUAAGGAGGAUUACAUGUUUUCAGGCUUCCAGGAGGCAGCUGAAAAGUGCAGUGUUUGUGGUCACCUCAUCUUGGAUCAGAUCCUGCAGGCUCUUGGGAACUCUUAUCACCCGGGAUGUUUCCGCUGUACGGUCUGCUCAAAGGCUUUGGACGGGGUGCCAUUCACAGUAGACUACCUCAACAAUGUCUACUGCGUCUCUGACUACAACAGGACAUUUGCUCCCAAAUGCGCUGCCUGCUUACAGCCCAUCUUACCUGCUGAGGGCAGUGAAGAAAUUCUCAGGGUGGUGUCAAUGAACAAAGAUUAUCACUUUGAGUGUUAUCACUGUGAGGAGUGUGGGAAGCAGCUCUCUGAUGAGCCUGGAUCUCAAUGCUUUCCUCUGGAUUCCCACCUCCUCUGCCACUCUUGCCACAUGACCAGAGUGUGCGUCACACAUAACCUUCCCCCUCGCAACACACACUGAAAUGAGAACUAAUGUGCCUGAACAACUACUUUGUACUCUCAUAUGCACACUAGUGACCACUUUAAAUUGUUAUCUUUCUAAUGUCUGUCUCUACUAUGCCAGCUCUAUUUUUUUAAGAUAGCAAGCGGGGAGAAGACACAUGAGUCUGGAGGUCAUUGUACAUUUCAAAAGCAAAUCCCGGUACUGGUACAAACUUUAUCUCCCCCUAGUGGCUGGGAAAUGCAGCAACUGAAUCCUGCUGAAGAGAAUUUCUGUACAAGUUCUCGGAGUUUAAAAUUAUUGUUACCUGCUUAUUUCAUUGCUCUUGGGAGUUUUUUCACAGAACAGUGUUUUGCUCCCAUAUCUACUG